AUGUUUCCAUAUAUAAUAAAACCAUCAAAUGAAGUAUUACCACUUGUUCAUAAAUGGUUCACUGAUCAUAAUAAUAAUGAAAUUAGAAAAUUGACAGCUCUUCUUCUUGUCGAAGCAAAAUAUACUUUUGAUGGAGCAAUUGAUAUCAUUAUAAAUUUAUUAAAAGAUGAUAAUGAUCAAAUGAGAUAUAGAGCUCAACGAAUUUUUCAACAUCCAGAACGAGAUGUUAAAGAAGCUUCGAAAAAAAUAUCUGUAAUAGGAGAAAAAACAAUAAUGAAAAUUCUACAAAACAUAUUGACAACUGAACAAACUACAACAGUUCGAACCUAUCUAGGCACCUUUUUCUUCGACUUGCUUUGGGAUGAUCCUAAAAUAUUUCAAAAUUUACAUAAAAAGAUAACAAUAUUGAAAGAUAACAAUCCAAAUCUUAGAACAAUAUCUUGUUUUAAUCGUAUUUUCUUUAUAAAUAGUGAUACAUGGAAUUCAAUAAUGGAAUCAUUACAACAUCCAUCAUAUGAAUCUUAUUUAGAAGAACUACUUCAUUUAAUGAUGCGAUUAAAAACUGAUCAUCAAAUUAUGGAAGAAAAAUGCAUUGAAUUUUCAAAAUUACUCUCAAUUAGAAAUAAAAAUCAAUUUAAAGAAAAGAUAUAUUUUAAAAGUACAGCAUUAGAUAUUAUGAAAUUUAUUAUUGAUGAAAUUAGUACUUCUUCAAAUACUGAUGAUAAAGAGUAUAUUGAUAUUCUUGAAUCAAAAGUAAUUAGUCAUAAUACUGUUAAAAUUGAAGAUCUUCUUAAAAUGAAGUAUACGGAUGUUCGACAUAUAGGAACAUACGUUUUCAAUGUUCCAGAAGAAUUUAAUAUUAGAUUUAUUGAAUGA